AUGCGUGCAUUACACGCCCUGGGGCUGUUAUCAGCCCUGGUCUCUUCACAGUCCGAUGGCGAUGAUAGCGGGAGCGAGAUCGAGCUUGAGACGCGUUCGAGAACGGGUCGACCGAUCAAGCAAGUGCGCAGCGGGCAGGACCAGUUCCGCGAUGUUUGGACCACGAAUCAGAUCGUCUCGACGGACACGAUCAAAGUCGGCUGCGGCGGUUACGGCCAAGUGGCCAUGAUGUACCUGCUUUAUAUCAAAAACAACACGCUCGACGACUCCGUCAACAAGCGAAAGAUCGUGAUGCAAGUGUUUCCAAGUUCCGGAACAGCUGGCGAAGGAUAUCAAGGAAGAGUUCAGAAGUCUUCUAUUCAUGGAUCGGAUGUGACUUUCACCAUUUCGGAUUUGACUCUCGACGAUGCUGGCUACUACUACUGCGAGAUCCACAACCAUGGCAACAGACCAACGAUGACGGAUCUGACCGAAAUCGUCAUUUGGGUCCAACCAAGUCCGCCAGCCUUGACCGUCGACGAUCAUUUCUGGUCAUCGGAAACGACGAAAAACGACACUGGAGUCGAUUAUUCGAAGGAGCAGCUAAUCGCGACUUGCCGAUCUGAAGGUGGUUUUCCCGCUCCGGAGCUGAAAUUCCUCGACAUUCAGACAGGAGAAGUCCUGACUGAAAAGAGCGACACGAAAUGCUUGCCGAACAAAGUGGAUAAGCGAAAGCAAGACUGCCACCUCCAAUACCGCGCAAUUAUCCACAAGUCGAUGAACAGAAGACAGCUGAAAUGUACGCUGCAGCACAAAUCCCUCCGCGGUAUUCAGCAGGAAGCCACCACAACGAUGAACGUCUGGUACCCACCCUUUGAUAUGCAGAUGAAGGGCAAUCUUACCGAGAAGACUGUCACGUGCUCUGCAAUUGGCCACCCCAAGCCUGUCUUUUACUACAGAAUUGGAAAGACUGGAACCAACAUCAAAAUGGCAGAGAUCGAUGAUUUUCAUAGGGAUCCAACUUCAGAACGAUACACGUCCAAAGCGUUUGUUUCGCAGCUCGGCGAUCUCGCCCAAAAUGAGGUGGUCUAUUGUGUCGCCCGCAAUGAUGCUCCGCCUGAGCUCCUCAAAUUUCAGCAAGUAGAAGAACUCUUUGCGCCUGAACCGCUUCUUGGCAAGAUGCAUUGGAUCAUUAUCGCAGCUGCUGGCGGCGCGUUUGUGAUCUGCCUUAUCAUCAUAAUUUGCUGUUGCUGCAGACGAAAAGACGAAGAUAACACGCACGACUCUUACGCCAAAGGAAGGAGCCAAUCCAAGCCCAAAAACAACUACGGGGAUCACACUCUUGCUUCCAACGCGUCUUAUGAUUAUCGACAACCAAGCCACGCUGGACCCCAAUCUAACGUUCAAGAAUACCUGAAACGCGCUGCUUCAAAAGAAAAGCUCGUGGACGACUACGAAGUCGCCUCCGCCGUCCAGUCAAAUUACUCAGACUACAUGAGCCAUGUCGCGCGAAGCCGUCAGCUCCUGGCACGCUCCCAAGAAAACCUCGCCGAUCAUCUUGGCGUCGAUGUGAACGAGGACGAUCUUCAAUCCGGAUCUGGGGUUCAACGAGCUGACUCAUUCGAGCCUUACGAUGAUCACCCAGCUCACGAUCACAGGAGCAAGUAUCAAGGCCAGCGAAACUACCAUCAAGACGACGAUGAGCACUUGUACGCCAACGACCCUCAAUACGAUAACAAUCAAUACCGCGAUAACCACUUUUGUAAUGCUCCGCGUGCGCCGGUAAUUCUCCGGCCGCACAAUGGCAGAUCCAAUCGACAUAGCUAUCACGACGAGAUCCAUCGUCAGAAAAGCUAUAAUAACUACGGAUAUAGCAGAUCGAGACUUAGUUAUCAUGACGAAGCCUCGCCGCCGCCGCCUCCACGGUACGAGUCAGUCAACCGCCACGGGGAUUUCUCUUCACCCCAGCUCAUUUAA